AAGUCUGCGCAAGCGCACUGGAGACCAGUUUGCCUGUUGCCAUUGUAACGCUAGCUGGAGACGAGAGACAGAUUAUUUAUUGUGUUGUGGUCAGUCGUAAGGGUAGUUUUAUUUAUCCCGAUAGUCUGCAGUCGAUAUGGCGAACCGAAACCUUAAGCACGUAAACAUUCAGAACAGUUCUCCAUCUCCGAAGCCUCCGAAUCGCAGCACGGAGUCUCCGUCCGCGGAGCGCGUGCAGAAGAUGGAGGCAGCGACGCCAUCGCCUCAAGUCACGAGCCCUCAACCUGAGGCAGAAGGCAGCAGCACCGAGCCUCGGGAAAUGACAUUAGACCUGAAGAGCUUCAGGAAACCGGGAGAGAAAACAUUCACACAAAGGUGCAGACUGUUUAUAGGCAACCUUCCUACUGACAUCACGGAAGAAGACUUCAGGAAGCUGUUCGCUAAAUAUGGCGAAGCUAAUGAAGUAUUUAUCAACCGAGACCGAGGAUUCGGAUUCAUUCGACUGGAAUCGAGGACACUAGCAGAGAUUGCCAAAGCAGAGUUGGAUGGCACAGUGCUGAGGAACAGGCCAAUUCGCAUCCGGUUUGCCACACAUGGAGCUGCUCUCACGGUUCGAAACCUUUCACCAGUUGUUACCAAUGAACUCCUGGAGCAGGCAUUUUCACAGUUUGGGCCAGUUGAAAGGGCAGUUGUGGUGGUAGAUGAUCGUGGCAGACCCACAGGUAAAGGCAUUGUGGAGUUUGCCAAUAAGCCUGCUGCACGAAAGGCUCUUGACCGUUGUGCUGAAGGAGCCCUUUUACUUACCACGUCUCCGAGGCCAGUUAUUGUUGAACCAACAGAACAGUGUGACGAAGAAGAUGGCCUUUCAGAAAAACUAUUGCAGAAGUCAGCACAAUAUCACAAGGAAAGGGAGCAGCCUCCACGCUUUGCCCAGCCAGGCACCUUUGAGUUUGAGUACUCCUCGCGGUGGAAGGCACUUGAUGAGAUGGAGAAACAGCAGCGCGAGCAGGUGAAAAGGAAUAUCCAAGAGGCCAAGGAGAAACUGGAAGCUGAGAUGGAGACAGCGAAACACGAGCACCAGCUGAUGAUGAUGAGACAAGAUCUAAUGCGCCGUCAAGAAGAGUUGCGUCGACUGGAAGAACUGAGAAACCAGGAGCUGCAUAAGCGCAAACAGAUGGCGAUGAGGCAUGAGGAAGAAAGACGGAGACACGAGGAGGAAAUGAUGCGCCACAGAGACCAGGACGAUAUGAGACGUCAGCCUGAUGCCUUUAAACCUGGUUUUAUGGAUAGCAGAGAACAGGAUAUGAGAAUGAGUGAAAUGGGUGCCCGUGGAGCCGUUAAUAUGGGAGGUAUGGUCAAAAAUCUCAGCCCAAGCUUGAACCAAAUGUGUGAUUCUUUUAAUCCUGCCACUGCUGUUAGCGGUAACCAGGGCCCUGCUCAAAUGAUGGGCAUGGGCAUGUCAGGCCGGGGUGGAGCCAUGGGGCCAGAGGGAUCAUCAAAUAUGGGGACACCCCUCAUUCAGGAUAACGGAAAUAUGCGUAAUGAAAGAUUUCCUCAGGGAGCACCUGCUCAAAUGGGUUCUUCCAUGGGUAUUCGACCAAGUGUUGAUUCCCCCCAGCAACAACAGUCGCCUGUGCAUGGUGCUGCAGGACCUGUGCCUCCUAUGGGUGGUCCAGGUGGAUUUGGGCGAGGAGAUCCUGUUGGGGGGAAAUUUGAUGGGCCAAAUAACAAGCGCCGUAGAUACUAGGCUUUUUUUCUUUUCUUUUAUUUUUUUUUCUCUCAUCAUACUGAGUUCUAGUCGUUUGAGCCAGACCACCUACACUCUUGUUUAUGGGAUGUUGUCCAUUUUUAUGUCCUUUUCAGUGACGCUGCUCUCAGGCAACCGUUAGUGUUGACCUUUGUCGCAAGUGUGCGAAUCACUUUUGAUCAUGAAUUGAAAACAGCUCUGUUUGGAGACUGAUAUUGCCUUAACUGUGCAUAUGCUGUAGAGCAGUCAGAUUUUUGUAACAGGGAGCAUUUGAAAGGUAGCAAUGCUUCUGCUUAGUACUUUUCUUACCUUUUUUUUUUGUUUUGUUUUUGCUUGUUAUACGAUCAGCCAAAGCUCGGUGAAAUUUAUUAAAUGUGCUCAAUGACCAUAUUUGUGCUGCACUACUACGUAGGUGCACUUUUGCUUAUUUUUACAGUUUACCUGAUCAUGUGGGACUGUAUAAAUUGUGACACAAUUCUGUGCAGUUGAUUUUUUUUUAAUUUAUUUUUUUCACCCUACUCAGAACUCCGACAAGACAUGUUGGAACAGAGAGCGGUACAAUGAUACAUAUACCUCUGUUUUUGGUUUUCUGCUUACUGUGCAGUGUGAGUGGUAAAAUCUGUAUUGAUCAGAAACCAAGAAAUGGGUACAGUCACAAAAUGCUCAUUUCCGGUAUUAUUACUUUUCUGUGACAGCAAAGCAAAAAAAACCCUAUAUACUAAUUAACAGUGUCUUGUAUACAGCAUGUUCUAAACAGAAACUUGUGCCCUUUUUCAACCAAGAGGUUCUAAGAUUUUAUUGCAUAUAACAUCUUUAAAUCCCAAGUCAUUAGAUAAAUGCUUUAGUGUAGCUUUUUUGGCAAGAGCAUGUUGCUUGGGACAUUUUAUUUGUACAACAUCUGAUUUACAGUGAUUGUUUUUAGAUUAUUUUGCUAUAUGGAUAGCAAUACUAGUGUAUGUAAUGUAGAAUGUGCAUGCUUUUAGCAGUCAUUUUUGUUUUAGCGAAUAUUAUGAAUAUGUCGGGUUAUUUUCCUUUUCCUUAAAUGGUAGUUCUUGAAUAAAAAUACUUAAAAAGUUAGCUUUGUGCGUUUGUGCCUUUUAAACGUUACAAAAAAUGUAGUUCAUAAGUGUUCUCAUUUUCCAACAUGGUGUUAAGCACUUUCUGUCAAAAAAAAAAGAAGAAGAAGAAAUUAAUACUUUGAAGAGAGUUCAAAACCAAUUCAUGUAAUGCAUGGCUGAAGUAAUGCAAUUUUUACCGGAUUGGUGUCGCAUGGCUCAGCUCGGCAAAUUGCUAAUAAUCCUCUCUGUUAUCGCUACCACCACGCAAGCUGUUAUAAUAAAAGAACCCAUUCUGAAUUUGGUUCACUUUCUUGAAUGGGUACAAUGAGAGCCAGGACAUACAUUUUUUUAGUUGUUAUAUUUAUUUCUCAGUUGUUUUGUUUUGUUUGUGUAUAUAAUCACUUAUAUUGGUAACAAUGAAUAGAUAGUGUUUUUGUUUUUUUAUUUUCUUUUUGUUUGGCUGUCUGAUAUACGAACCAUAAAAGGUUACUUAAUACUAAACAUACUACUGUGAUAUAUUAAUCAGAUGUAAGGCAUUGAAAUAUACAUUUAAUAAUAUUCUGGUAAAAUGCCAGUAUAUUGAUGCAUGGAUUUUCUUGAUCCUGUAUUCACUGAUCAGCCAUAACAUUAAAACCAUUGUCAGGAGAACUAAAGAAUGUUAGCAGGACAAAACAUAGCACAUAAGAAUCUGAGUGACGUUGACAAGGGCCGAUGUUGCUGAGCUGAGCAAUGUCAAGAAAGGUCUUGUCUUCCUGCUGGGAAGUUGUUGGUACCUACCAAAUGUGGUCUAUGUAAUGACAGCUGGGACUAACGAUUGGGUCAUGGGCAGCUAAAGCUCAUUGAUGUGCCUGGGGAGCCAAGGCCAGUUCGUCUUUUCCGAUCCCAGAGAAUAGGUUUUGUAGCACAGGUUGCUGAAAAAGUUAAUACUGGACAAGAUCGAAAUGUGUCAGAAAACUCACAGCAUAGCAUUGUGCUGCAUAUGUGGUUGGAUUUCUGCAAACCUGUCAGAGUGCCCAUGCUGACCCUUUGUCCAAUGCAAAAGUGCCUUCAGUGGACACAUGAGUAUCACAACUUAAUUAUGGAGCAAUAACAGAAGACGCUGGCCUAGUCUAAUGAAUUACAUUUUCUCUUGCACAAUGUGGACAGCCAAGUAUGUGUGCCUCGCUUACGUGGGGAAAUUGGGGAAUUUGGUUCUUAGGAUUCAUGUGAAUGUUACUUUGACAGGUACCACCUAUUCUAAACAGAAUUGCAGACCCAGUACUCUGCUUUAUAACAGCAGACAGUGAUCAGGAUUGAUUUGAAGAACAUGACAAGAGUUUAAGGUGUGCACCUGGCCUCCAAAUUCCCCAGAUCUCAAUUUGAUUGAUCAUCCAUGGGAUGUGCUGACAAACGAGUCCAUCUUGCAACUUAAAGGAUCUGCUGGUUCGGUGUCUUGCUCAAGGGCACCUCAGUCGUGGUAUUGCCGGCUAGAGACUCGAACUCUUUAACCAUUAGGCUAUGACUCUCUCUCCCCACCCCCCACCCCCCACCCCCCACCCCAAAGGAAGCAUAUGCAGGACUUGUCUGAUAUUAUUUAAAUGGUUUUAAUGUUUUGGCUGAUUAGUGUUCACUAAACCUCAUCCAAUAUAUACACUUUUAGUAUAU